AUGGAAACUAAAUCAGUUUCCAAGUUGGCCCUUUUUUUCUUCUGCAUUUCUCUGUUGAUUGGUCCAGAGUUUACACAAUGCAGUGUCACCUAUGACAAGAAGGCACUUUUGAUUAAUGGGAAAAGGAGAAUCCUGCUCUCUGGCUCUAUACAUUAUCCAAGAAGCACCCCUGAUAUGUGGGAAGACCUUAUAACCAAGGCUAAAGAUGCUGGCUUGGAUGUUAUUGAUACUUAUGUGUUUUGGAAUGUCCACGAGCCCUCCCAAGGUGUGUAUGAUUUCCAGGAUAGAUAUGACAUUGUGCGCUUUAUAAAGACGGUUCAAAAAGUUGGCCUUUAUGUUCACCUAAGAAUUGGACCUUAUGUUUGUUCAGAGUGGAACUUUGGGGGAUUUCCUGUUUGGUUGAAAUUUGUCCCUGGAAUCAGCUUCAGAACAGAUAAUGAGCCCUUUAAGGUAGCAAUGCAAAAGUUCACGCAAAAAAUUGUUGGGAUGAUGAAGAAUGAGCAUCUAUUUGAAUCCCAAGGAGGUCCAAUUAUCCUAUCUCAGAUUGAGAAUGAGUAUGGACCAACUGAAAAAAGAUUAGGACAAGCUGGUGAGGCGUACUUAAAAUGGGCUGCCGGAAUGGCAGUGGGAUUAAAUACAGGGGUUCCAUGGGUUAUGUGCAAACAAGAUGAUGCACCUGAUCCAGUUAUCAAUGCAUGCAAUGGUUUCUAUUGUGAUACCUUUUUGCCAAAUAAACCUUACAAACCGCUUUUGUGGACUGAAGCGUGGAGUGGCUGGUUCACACUUUUUGGCGGGCCCCAAAAUCAUCGUCCAGCUCAGGAUCUGGCAUUUGCAGUUGCACGUUUCAUACAAAGGGGUGGAUCUCUUAUUAACUAUUACAUGUUCCAUGGAGGAACAAACUUUGGGCGCACUGCUGGCGGUCCUUUUAUAACAACCAGUUAUGACUAUGAUGCUCCAAUUGAUGAAUAUGGCCUGCCAAGAGAACCCAAGUACAGCCACUUGAAGGAGCUGCAUAAGGCUAUUAAAAUGUGUGAACAAGCUUUGGUUUCUUCAGAUCCUACGACGACUACUUUGGGAAGCUUCCAGGAGGCUCAUGUAUUUUCUUCUGGAAAAGGUAACUGUGCUGCCUUCCUCGCAAACUAUGAUAGCAAUUCUGCUGCUAAAGUGGUUUUCAAUGGCAUGCACUAUAAUCUUCCUCCAUGGUCAAUUAGCAUCCUUCCUGACUGCAAAAAUGUAGUCUUCAAUACUGCAAAAGUAGGAACUCCAACUUCACAUUCAAGAAUGUUGUCAACUACCAUUCAACCUCAUUCCUGGGAGACCUAUGGAGAAGAUGUAUCUGCUUUGGAGGACAGUUCAACCUUUACAAGUGUUGGACUUCUGGAGCAGAUAAAUGUCACAAGAGAUAAUAGUGAUUAUUUGUGGUACAUAACCAGCGUUGACAUUAGUCCAUCAGAAUCAUUCCUUCGUGGUGGAGAGAAGCCCACUUUGGCGAUGCAAUCAAGAGGUCAUGCGGUUCACGUAUUCAUAAAUGGAGUCUUGUCGGGGUCAGCAUAUGGUAGCCGCAGUAACAUGAGAAUAAGAUUUUCGGGACCUGUAAACCUUAAUGCCGGGACUAACAGAAUCGCCUUACUUAGCAUAGCUGUCGGAUUACCUAACAGUGGGGUGCAUUUUGAAAAUUGGAAUAUCGGGGUUUUAGGGCCAGUUGUGCUUCAUGGUCUGGAUCAACGUAGUAAGGACUUGACAUGGCAAAAAUGGACCUACAAGGUUGGCUUGAAAGGAGAAUCUAUGAAUAUAGCUUCUGCAAAUGGUGUCUCCUCCGUUGAAUGGAUACCAGCCUCGUUAGUCACCCAAGGUCAGCAGCCCUUGAGGUGGUACAAGGCGUAUUUUGAUGCUCCAGAAGUGUUUGCAAAUAUUCAGGAGUAUACAGACAAGCAAAAUGCCAAGUUGGCUGCGGUAAACCAACUCAGCGAUGGUACCAUGUGCCCAGAUCCUGGUUGAGACCAACGCAAAAUUUACUGGUAUUAUUUGAAGAACUAGGCGGCAUUGCAUCACGGAUAAAGCUCAAGAAAAGGAGUGUCUAAAUCCGCACAUGCUGUGUAUAGGAUUGUCAUCAUAGCGGAAAGAAUGAUUGAUAUUAUCAAUCUAAUAAUAAUUACUAACUGUAAUUAUUCUUCAAGGAUAUAGUUAUUUCAGGUGUCUAAUCUUAUAGAGUUAGCACUGAUCAGAGGUAACAUCAUUGAGUCAUUUCACACACAUUUGUUUCUUCAAAGGAUAGAGCGUCACAUUAGUUUACCAUACCAAACUACAAACACAUAGUUAUAGUCCAAUAUCCAAACCUUAGGACCUAUAUGAAUUUUAAGUUUAUGUAAAAUUUUCAUGCAGAUUGAAGUUGCAAUUUACAUUUUUAGCUGAUUUUGUUAUGCUU